AUGCUUGGAUCGCGAAUAGUUCACUAUGAUGCGAAAUCAUGGAUCAACACUGUCGAGAAGUGGAAAUCGUUCAAAAAUCGAGAAUCGGUCGAAUUUGUCGGAAAACUCGAAGAAGCUGAGCGGAUUGUUGAUGAGAUUUUGAAUAAAUAUCCAUUGGAGCAAAUUGCGCUUUCAUUCAAUGGGGGCAAAGAUUGCACAGUGCUUCUACAUCUUCUUCGGAUGAAGGUUGAUGAAAAAUAUGGAGCCAAUGUGCCAAUUCAAGGAUUUCAUAUAAUGGUUGACGAUCAGUUCACCGAAGCGACGCAGUUUAUCAUCGACGCCGCCAAAUACUACAAUAUCACUGUGAUUGAAUUUCCGGGACCAUUGAAAGUCGGUCUGGCGAAUUUGAAAAAAUCUCGACCGGCGAUUGUUGCGGUUCUAAUGGGAAGUCGCGCCACCGACCCGAACGGCAAAUAUAUGAAAACACCUAUUGAAUGGACGGACGCCGAUUGGCCAAGAGUGUUGCGGGUGUGUCCGAUUCUGAAUUGGUCCUAUUCCGAUGUUUGGCGAAUGCUUCGAGAGUUGUGCAUUCCGUAUUGCUCGUUGUAUGACAAGGGAUAUACGUCGCUUGGCGGUCGCGACAACACAAUUCGAAAUCCGGCGUUGCGAAUGGUGUCACCGGAAGGCGAUGAAUACUAUUUGCCGGCUUACAAGCUGAAAAAUGAUGCCGAAGAGCGAAACAAUCGAUCAUGUCUUUAA